AUGUUCCACGUCAAACACGACCCCGGGAAAACCCUCAUCAUUGGGGCAUCGUCAUCAGCACUGGAAGCUGCUGGGCUUCUUCGGAGCCUCGGGCACCAGGUUUCAGUUAUGGUUCGCACCCGGGCUCUGAAGGGACAUGAUGUGGAAAUGUCAGAGUUGAUUGUUGGACACCUCGAGGGCAUGGGAGUGGAAUUCAUUAUUCACAGCGCGACGACGGAACCGACAGAUCUUCCACAGUUGCGAGUCCACUACAAUGACAAGACCACUCAAAAGGGAUUUUUCAAAGACUUCAACACAGUGCUCACUUCGGACGGGCAAAUCGCGACCGUAAAUGGGAUUGGGCUGGACGAACUCGGGAUGACCCGGGAUUCACAAACUGGGAAAGUUGUGGUUGAUGAAAACCAGCGCACUUCCGUUGGAGGCAUCUACGCUUUGGGCGGAAUUACAAACAACCCAGCACCAUUCCUCAGCAACACUGAACACAGUGCUGAACUGCUAUGCGACCGUCUCUUCGGCUCAUCCAACGUCGUUUGCAAUUACGACCACGUCCCACGGGCAGUUUUCACGCCAUUGGAAUACGGGUUCGUGGGCGCCACAGAAGAAUCAGCCCUGGAGUCACUCGGACCCGAAGGCGUGACCAUUUACCAGAACAGAUUCAAACCAAUUCAUUUCAACUUGAUGGACUUGAACGGGAUCGAGGAGUUUUGUUACGUCAAGGUCAUUUGCGAUAAACACGAUGACGAGAGGAUCAUAGGACUUCACAUUUUGGGGCACAAAGCUGCUGAGAUGAUCCUGGGAUACGCAGUGGCCAUGUCAUUAGGAGCCACGAAGAGUCAGCUUGACGAUUCCAUAAGCCUUCAUCCGACCGCAGCUGAGAAUCUGAGUAGGACAAUUCGUCGCAUUUCCCACAAAUGCUGCAAAAGCGGUUUCAGCACAAUGAAAAACGACGACCGAUGCUGAUAAUCAGCCAGUCAGAAAAUCGUUUUUCGAGAAGACGAGGACUGUCGACAGGCAAUUCGCUAUCAAUGACGGGGAACAGAAAAAGAUUUCCAAAAGGAAAAGCUGUUUCUCUGAGUCGUCGUCGAUCCUGUCCUUAUCGUAUCUUUUUACACCCAGAAUCAAUCAUCAUUUCAAUAACUUUUACUCUCGUGACACUGAUAGUAGCAGUCGACGAAAAAUUAUGCAGCAUGAAAUGCAUUCAUGUCCUAAUUAUAUGAUACAGAAGUUUUAAAAAAUUUUGGACAGAUAAAAAUCAAGACAAUCAUUCAA